UGUAAACCGGCCGUUCUCUCCGCUCUCUCCUUUUCAAACGCGAGAGCCGGUGCAGUUACUGCUUGGCGAAUACAAAGAGAAAAACUGCGCACAGCGCACCGCAUGUGCUCCGCCGCUUCGGACCGCAAGAAAAAACUUCGGAGUCCACAGAUUUUCAGAAGCCGCAGUUGGACGUUGUUUACUCAUCUGUUCUUCAUCCGCGAAUCUGAUCCAGGAUGGCAGACGACCUGCCCUACCGCGUUGAGUACUCCAAGAGUGGAAGAGCAAAAUGCAAAGUCUGCAAUGAGAACAUCGAGAAGGGAAUUCUUCGUAUAGCUACAGUUGUACAGAGCCCUUUCCAUGAUGGCAAACUGGAGCGAUGGCAUCAUUCCAAUUGCUUUUUUAAAAAGCAGCGACCUAAGACAACAGGGGACAUUGCCCAUUUUGAUAGCAUCCGCUGGGAGGAUCAGGAGUUAAUCAAAAAGAAUAUUGCCGAGGCAGAAAGCAGUGGAGCCCCUGCAGCAUCAACCAGUAGCAAGGGGCGCAAACGAGGCAAGGCAGCUGCUGGUGCUGCCACACACAAGGACUUUAAGGUCGAGUACGCCAAGUCAAACCGUUCUAAAUGUCGUGGCUGCGAGGAGACAAUAAUCAAAGGAGAGAUGCGACUCUCCAAGAAAGAUUAUGAGAGUGAGGAAGCGCGCAAGUUUGGUGGUCUUGAUCGCUGGCACCACUUUGACUGCUUUGUAAAGCUUCGCUCAGAGCUCCAGUACUUUGACGUCGGUACCAACAUUCCGGGAGUCGAUGCUCUGACAAAGGAAGACAAGGAUAAGCUAAAAAAAGAGCUGCCUAAAAUCAAGGAGGAGGAUGUGCCACCUGCAGCCAAAAAGGUGAAAUCAGAACCCGAGGAUGCAGCUGAGGAAAAACAGCUCAAGGACCAGACUAAGAAGUUGUUUAGUGUUCGAGAUAAGUUGUCAGAAUUAAGUAAGAAGAUUCUUAUAGAGUUGCUUGAGGUUAAUAGUCAAAGUGUACCUGUUGGACAAGCUGAGAUUUUAGAUAACCUUGCGGAUGCCAUGCUCUUUGGUGCCUUAGAACCAUGUACAAAAUGCCAAGGUCAAUUUCAAUACAAGUCUGGUACUGGAUACAAGUGCACUGGAAGUAUAUCUGAAUGGGCUGCAUGCGAAAACGUCACCCAGGAUCCUGCAAGAAAGAAAUUUGUUGUUCCUACACAUCUCAAAGAAGAACAUCCUUACCUAGCGUCAUACAAAUGCAAGGUAAAGCGACGCCUUCUGAAGAUAACCGCUCCAUCGCAUUCAAGUGCUGUAAAGAAAGAAGAUGAAACCGAUGGACCAAAAAUCAAGGGCAGAUCUGGUCCUCUUAAACACUUGGACUUUGUAAUAGCAAUUAAGAAUUCCAAAAAGAAAGAGUCGUUGACGAAAGAGAUCUUGCUCAUGGGUGGCGCUGUAAAGUCAAAGAUAGCCGAAGACACGGCGGCAGUGAUCUCGACACCUGAAGAAGUCGAGAAAAUGAAUAAAAUAAUGCAGGAGGCGGAAGAGCACGAUAUACACGUCGUGUCCGAGGAUUUCGUCGAAGAGGCCAAGGAAUUCAAAGACGCGCCGAUUAUCCUUAUUAAGAAAAAGGCGAUCGCGCCUUGGGGAAGUGAUCCUGCUACAAGAGUUUCAAAGUCCAUAGCCACGAAAUCAGCAUCUAGAGGCAAGAGCAAGUACGAGAAAUCAAGUUCGGGUAAGGUGAAGCUACGCGUCAAAGGUGGUAUUGCUGUUGAUCCCGAUAGCGGACUCGAGGACGUCGCUCAUGUAUAUCAGCGAGGCAAAGAAAAAUUCACUGCCACUCUUGGAAUCACUGACAUUCAGUCCGGCAAGAACAGCUUCUACAAAUUACAAAUUCUGAAGCACGAUAAGAAUGAAAAGUACUGGCUGUUCAGAAGCUGGGGUCGAAUCGGCACAACCAUCGGAGGUAAAAAGUGUGACAGCAAGGCCUUGGAAGAUUGUAUUCAAGAAUUCGAAGAAUUGUAUGAAGAGAAAAGUGGUAACAUGUGGUGCGCACGCGAUCAUUUCACGAAGAUGCCAAACAAAAUGCAUCCUAUCGACAUUGAUCACGGUGAUGAUGAGGAUACUCACAAGCUUCUUGACUCGAACAUCGAGAGUAAAUUAAAGAAACCUGUACAAGACUUAAUGCGGCUAAUAUUUGACGUUGAUUCUAUGAAAAAGGCGAUGUUAGAAUACGAAAUCGACAUGGAUAAGAUGCCACUGGGUAAAAUUUCAAAGAAGCAGAUACAGCAGGCCUAUUCCGUGCUCACGGAAAUUUUGGCUCUUGUGAAGAAUGGUAAUCCCGACAGAAUUCAGUUGAUAGCAGCAUCGAACAAGUUCUAUACUUUAAUACCUCAUAACUUCGGCGUGAAUGGUCCUAACGCAAUAGAGACAGAGAAAGAAAUCCAAACGAAGAGUGAGAUGCUGGAAUCUUUGCUCGAGAUGGAGAUCGCCUACAGUCUUCUCCACGCCAAGACUGACUCUAACAAGAACCCACUGGAUGCGCAUUACGAACAGUUGAAGACAGUAAUCGAACCGCUCGACAAGAAGAGCGACGAUUUCAAACUCAUCGAGAAGUACGUGAAGAACACUCACGCCGAAACACACAGGCAAUACGAACUUAUCGUCGAGGAGGUAUUUGCAGCAAAGAGAAGCGGCGAGGAAAGCAGAUACAGGCCGUUCAAAAAACUACCGAACAGAAAGCUGCUUUGGCACGGUUCCAGAGUUACCAAUUUCGCGGGUAUCUUGUCUCAGGGUUUGAGAAUUGCGCCACCGGAAGCGCCGGUUACUGGUUACAUGUUUGGAAAGGGUAUCUACUUUGCUGAUAUGGUGUCGAAAUCGGCUAACUACUGUUGCACGAACUCGCAGAAUUCAACGGGUCUGUUGCUGCUAUGCGAUGUAGCGCUAGGUAAUAUGUACGAGCGUUACAAUGCUGACUACAUCGAGAAGCUACCCCACGGCAAACACUCGACUUGGGGUCGAGGUAAGACGAUGCCGGACCCUGAAAAGUCCGUGAAGCUAAAGAGCGGCGUAGAGGUGCCUUGUGGUCCAGGUAUUCAAGCAGACCUAAAAGAGAAAUCAUCAUUGCUAUACAACGAGUUCAUAGUCUACGACGUAGCCCAGGUCAAAGUUGAAUACCUCGUCAAAAUGAAUUUCAAAUACAAAUUCUAAACAAAUUAUUCCUAUAUUUGUUUGGAAAAAAUUGAUAUUAAUUUUUUUUUUUUAUACGUGAUCAAGAAAGUCUGAGAUGUUAAGAUUUUUUAUAUGCAAGAAAGAACAUUAUCUGGUGAUUACCAUAAUACUUAAACAUAAACGUUAUUGCUUAAACAAAAUAAAUUUAUUUUAACAACAAAAUUGUCAGAAUUUCAAGUUACUGAGAUUUCUUGUUCUCUUCUCUUAUUUGAAGGGAAACGGGCAUUACCAGAAAUGUAAAGCAACGUUUUUGUCAAGGUAAUAUGGAGAUAUUCACCAGUACUAUUUUAAUAUUUACUAUACUACGGUUACCUUAAAUCGUUAGUUUAAGUGUGCGAUUAUUGUGCGUGUUUUUUAUCACUCCAUGACAUCAAAAUUUGUAUUAGGAUUUAAUGUUUACUAAAUUAAUUAACUAGAAUUGAGUUUUGUUUUAUAUCGGGUUAAAGAAUCUGUUAUAAAUUAAAACUGUUUUCUAUUCUUGUAUGGAAAUUCGUUUCGUAACCUUCAAAAAAUUCCACAAUGAGCUCAUAAAAUAUUGUUGCAGAAUAACAAUUUAAAUAGAGUACUCAUUUAAAUAUUCAAAACUGUUAAAGAAAUUCAAAUACAAUACAUAAAGUAGCGAUUUAAUGUUGAAUUGUUAGGUUAUUUUCAUUAGGAUGAACGAUAUUACUAUAAUAUAAAUCUUUUUUUUAACCAAUGGAACAUUUAUUGUUUGCUUAUUCCAUGAACAUUAUUAUUAUUAGUAUUAUUACGAUUAGGAAUAUUCAGGAGUGUUAUAAAAAAAAUUCCAAACGUUUAUCUGUAUCGUGUCCAACUUUUUUACUGUUUGUAACUAUCAUACGAUGUUGAAAUACUAUUUAUUACCGCAUACCAAAUAAAAUUUAUUUUCUGUGAAAACAAAAA